CGCCCAGUCCGUCUCUCUUCUCAUCCCAUCAUCUCCCUUUCCUCUGAUCCCCCCUCCGUGUCAUGUCAUUCGGGGCCAAUUCGGGGCGUGCCUUUGUCUUGUACUCGUAGCUGCUACGGGAUAUGAGGUCCCCGCUUACUGACCUCGCCGUGUAGUGAGCCACUCAGGCUGCGGGCCCCCGAAUUGUACGCCACCAACACCACUCGUCAAGCCGCAAGUUCUGUCCGAUGUUCGCCGCCACACUCGCUGCCAGCCUCCGCCACUCCCGGCCACCAGACAGCCUCAAGGUGGUCCACUUAAGAGCGUGUCGCUGGGCCUGUUCUCUAUUGCUUCUUGUUCUCUCUUGCUUGUCUGUACUCUGCAUGUUCGCCUGUGCCAUAUGUCCUGCCUAGUAUACGCUGAGCUGAUUGUUGGGAUCACCGCAAGCCUAUGUGAUUCUGUGAGUGUCAAGUCUUCUGAGGCAAGACCGGGUCGUCAAGCGCUGCAACUCCGCUGCUUCAAGGCGUUGCUUGAGGCCACCUCUCGGUCUCAGCUCGUCUCCUUGUUGUUGGUUCAAAGGUCAAGCGCUGCAAGCAUAGCUGCCUCCAGUGGGUUGUCCGAUGUCAAACGCCGCAACAUAGGCUGCGUCAAGGCGGGGGGUGAAGCUGAUGCAAGGGUCAAGCGCUGCAAGUUGAGCUGCCUCCAGUACAAGCUCUUUAAGGGUCAAGCGCCGGAAGCAGGGGCUGCCUCAACGAGGCCAUCGUGAAGCGCCGCAAGGUUGGCAGCCUCAAAUUGUGGCGGG